AUGCCACCGCACACAGGCCGACAAACGAACUCCGUAAUAAAAGACGCAAACGAGAAACUGCGUGCGGUAUUCGGCAUGGAACUAACGGUCCUCCCAGCGCGGGGGCAGGAAGAGAAAAGCGUGCGCGAAAAACGCGCUGCGCAGCGCAACGCCGCUGGUGGGGGAACCCAAGCUGGCUCCGGCGCAGCAGCAGGGGGAAACAAGAGCUUCACACUAACCAGCACGCUGCCCGCUCGCUACCGGCUUCCUUCCAUCAUCACCCCAUCGCUCGUGCCUACUGCAGAGGAAGAAGGCGCAUACACUGGCCUCGCGACGUUUAUUAUCUCGUUGAUUUAUCUGUCGCCGUCGCGGUCGCUGCCGGAGCAGAGGCUGGAGAAGCAUUUGAAGCGGGUUAAUGCGGAGGAAUAUGUGUUGGGGGGGAUGAGGACGGGAGAGGCGCUGAAGAGGAUGGUGAAGGAGGGGUAUUUGGUGAAAGGACGGAGGGGGAGGGGGGAGGAGACGGUGGAGUUUUUCGUGGGCGCGAGGGGAAAGGUGGAGGUUGGGGAUACGGGGGUUGCGGGGUUGGUUAGGGGGGUUUAUGGUGUGAGUGAUAUUGGUGGUGAUGGAGCUGGUGGUGGUGGUACUGUUAGGGGAGGGAGGGGACGUGGUGCUGGUGGUAGGGCAAAUAGGGAUCGGGAGAAGGGAGUUAGGGAGGAGGUGGAGAGGAGGUUGGUUAGGAGUCUUGGGGAGGGGAUUAGGGCGAUGGAGGUUGCUGAUGUGCAGGCGGACGAGAGGGAGGGAGAUGAGGAUAGGGAGGAGGAAGAAGAGGUAGAACAGCCCAGGAGGAAAAGGGGUCGACCUUCACGCGGUAGCGGUGGUAAUGGUGGGGGUAGAAGCAGCAGAGGACGCGGUCUUGUGGAGGACGAAGUCGAGGUGGAUGGUGAGGAGGAUGAAGAUGACGAGGAAGACGAAGAGCAAGAAGAAGAUGAGGAAGAAGACGAAGAAGAAGACGAGUAG